CCCAACUCUCUCUCUCUCUCUGUUUAUUUUUUAUUUUUAUUUUUUUCAAUGCCUUUUUCAUCUUUCCUCGUUUUAUUUUCUUCCCAAAUCAAAUCCUCCCUAAACUCCAUGCCAAAAUUGAAACCAAGACCAAAACCCUAAAUCCACAAUGGUCUUGUUCAGAUUGAAAAUUCACCUUUGUGGAUGCAUGGUUGGAAUCCCAAUGCAAUUCAACCUUCAUCUCUGAACAAUUAGAAAUUCAAUUCAAUUCAAUUCCAUAUUUGGCGUUUUCUUUCUAUAUCCUUCCAAUGAUUUCGAAUCCAGAGUUAAUCCACUAUGCGUGCAUUGCAAGAUCAAACACCAUCCUGGGACAUCACAACAACAAUUCCAAAGACCCAAACAUUGAAGCAUUAGCCUCCAAAUGCAUCUCUCUAACCCCUCCAAACCACUCCCUCUACACCCACACCGUCAAAAACCGCACCUACACCUUCCUCAUCGACCCUCCUUUCGUCUACUUCGCCAUCUUCGAUCACCAACUCCUCAAAUCCCAAACCCUAUCAUUCCUCAACCGUAUCAGGUCAUCCUUUCGUGAAACCCUCGCCGGUUCCGAUCAUUUCGCCUCUCUCUGUUUUCAGACACAAUUCGAUUCCAUUUUCCGUGACGCGCUCUAUCUCGAUUCCGUCGAUGGCAAGAGAUCCGCGACGCUUCCUAUGAAGCCCGCUGAAGGGUUGACGAAGAAGAAGAGGCUCCAUGAACCCAAUGGAAUGAUCGAUGCUAAAGAUGCUGCUACGGUUGAUCUCUGUGACGACGUCGUUUCGUUGCCGGUUUCGAAGGGCACCGUCAACGAUCGCCAGAAGGCCAAGCACGUGUGGAAGAAACACGUGUGGGUUGUGUUGCUGCUGGAUUUGUUUGUCUGCGCGAUUUUGUUUAUCAUAUGGUUAUGGGUUUGCAGCGGUUUCAAAUGCAUGGCCUAUUGAAGAUUCAAUGCUGAAAAUUCUUUUUUUUAAAAGAAAAAAAAAUGGUUCCUUUUUUUCCGGGGUUUUUGUCCCUUCUCUUUGGGGGAUUCUUAGCUUCCGGUUUUUAUCCAUAAUUGACAAGCAUGAAAUUGCAGAGCAUCAAUCUUCUGUACAAAUUGGGAAAAACCGGUUUAUAUACAUUAAUAUAUAUGGAAUUGGGGUUUCGGUUUGCUUCUUUUUUUCAAUUUCCCUGCUUUUCUUGAUGGGAAUUGUAUAUGAAGAUCUUGUGAAGUUAUUAACCGGCCCAUGGUCUAAUCUUUGUGUUAUGGUCUCAUACACUCGUGAGAUUUGUUCAAUUGUGCAAAAUUACAGAUUCCAG